GCCGCAGAAGGCGGGGAGCCGCAGUCGGAGGAGGAAGGCGCGUCGCGGCUCUUUCUCGAUCUCUCCCGCUGGAGGAGAAAGAAGGAAGGAAGGGGGGGGGGAAAAAAGCGUGCUGCCUCGUCACCGCUGACGUCGGAUUUGCUCGUCCUUCCUUCCCGCCUUUCGGUCGUCGUCCUCCUCCCUUUCUUCCUGCGCGCCAUCCUCUUUCCUUGCGCGCGAUCCUCUUGCCCUCCUUGCCACGCGGGGGUCGGGUUGCGCGCUUUCUCCUCUCGCCUCUUUGCCCGUUCCCGGGUUGUUUUUUUUUAAUUUAUUUUUUUUUGUCCUUUCCUAUAUACUUCGUGCGCCCCCCCCCCUCCCACCUUUCUGGGUAGUUCCUCCGGAUUGCCCCCGGCGCUCACCCCCACGUCUUGGAAGCCGAAAGCCCGCCUUUCCUUCUCCGCAGCCUGGACGUUCUCAAUAUGAACGGUGUCGUUUACCUUGUGCAACUGCAGAGUAUGAUACAUGACUAUCACAGAAGAAAUUCGUGUCUAUAGCUUUUAAGGACUUUGAUUACAUCGUUUUAAAGCCUGAUAGUUUUGGAGUCAACAGUUUAGAAGUUACAGCUGCGUGCAUUUGUUUCCAAACCAGUGGUUUACCUAAGAAGGAAUAUAAAUUGACAUCCCCUGUAACAGCACACACAGUGGAUUAUUGAAAGUCUCCUAACUGCGAAAUCACAGCAUAAAUCUAACUGCCACGGAAACAGCAAAAUGAUUCCUAAUGGGUAUUUGAUGUUUGAAGAUGAAAACUUCAUCGAAUCAUCUGUCGCCAAGUUAAAUGCUUUGCGCAAAAGUGGCCAGUUUUGCGAUGUUAAGCUUCAGGUCUGUGGACAUGAGAUGCAGGCACACAGAGCAGUACUAGCUUGCUGUAGCCCUUACCUUUUUGAAAUCUUCAAUAAUGACAGUGAUUCUCAUGGCGUUUCUCACGUGAAAUUUGAGGAUCUUAACCCAGAGGCUGUUGAAGUCUUGUUAAAUUAUGCUUACACUGCUCAAUUAAAGGCUGAUAAAGAACUGGUCAAAGAUGUAUACUCUGCAGCUAAGAGGCUGAAGAUGGAGCGAGUCAAGCAGGUGUGUGGGGAUUACCUGCUGUCCAGGAUGAGUAUUCAAAGCUGCAUCUCUUAUCGGAACUUUGCAAGCAACAUGAGUGAUUUGCGAUUACUGAACAUGAUUGACGGUUACAUUCAAGAGCAUUUGUUGCAGAUCUCUGACCAAGAAGAAUUUCUCAAACUGCCACGUUUAAAGCUGGAGGUUAUGCUAGAAGAUAAUGUUAACUUGCCUAGCAACGGCAAGCUGUACACCAAGGUAAUCAACUGGGUUCAGCGCAGCAUUUGGGAGAACGGAGACAGCCUUGAAGAUCUGAUGGAAGAGGUUCAAACGUUGUACUACUCAGCUGAUCACAAGCUGCUUGAUGGAAAUCCACUAGAUGGACAGGCUGAGGUGUAUGGCAGUGAUGAUGACCACAUUCAGUUUGUGCAGAAAAGGCCACUCCGUGAGAAUGAUCUCAAGCAGUUAAGUAGCAGUUCUUCUGGAAGUCUUUCGCCAAACGCAGCAGUACAGAAUCUUAAACACGAGUGGAAAAUUGUUGCUUCAGAGAAGACCUCAAAUAACACCUAUCUCUGUCUUGCCGUUCUGGAUGGUGUCUUUUGUGUGAUUUUCCUUCAUGGUCGAAGCACUCCACAGAGUUCCCCAACUAGUACUCCACGACUGAUGAAAAGUUUGAGUUUUGAGGUUCAACCGGAUGAUCUUAUCGAAAAGGUGAUGUCGCCUAUGCAGUAUGCACGAUCUGGAUUGGGAACAGCCGAGCUUAACAACAAGCUGGUUGCUGCAGGUGGCUACAAUAGAGAGGAAUGUUUGCGCACUGUGGAAUGCUAUGACCCGCGGACAGAUUGCUGGACUUUCAUUGCACCGAUGAGGACUCCAAGAGCUCGAUUCCAGAUGGCAGUUCUGAUGGGACAGCUGUACGUUGUUGGCGGAUCAAACGGACACUCAGACGAUUUGAGUUGUGGGGAGAUGUACGAUCCCGAAAUAGAUGAUUGGACUCCAGUUCCAGAACUGAGAACUAAUCGUUGUAAUGCAGGAGUAUGUGCACUGAAUGGAAAACUGUAUAUUGUUGGCGGGUCAGAUCCUUACGGACAGAAGGGAUUAAAAAACUGUGAUGUCUUCGAUCCUAUAAACAAAUCUUGGACAAACUGCGCUUCGCUAAAUAUCCGUAGGCACCAGUCUGCUGUAUGUGAACUUGGUGGGUAUUUGUAUAUCAUUGGAGGAGCUGAGUCAUGGAAUUGCCUUAACAGUGUAGAACGUUACAAUCCAGAAAACAAUACUUGGACGCUGAUUGCAUCUAUGAACGUGGCUAGGCGCGGAGCUGGUGUUGCUGUUCUCGAUGGAAAACUCUUCGUUGGCGGUGGCUUUGAUGGCUCACACGCAGUCAGCUGUGUGGAAAUGUAUGACCCUGCUAAGAACGAGUGGAAGAUGUUGGGUAGCAUGACCACACCAAGAAGCAAUGCUGGUUUUGCAACCGUGAACAACACUAUCUAUGCAGUGGGAGGAUUUGAUGGCAAUGAGUUCCUGAACACAGUCGAAGUCUACAAUUCAGAGUCCAACGAGUGGAGCCCGUACACGAAAAUCUACAAGUUCUAAUUUUCCUUAAAACUAACAGGCUUAGUGAUGUAAUUGUUUUAGUAAGAGGUACACAUGUGAAUACGGUGGGGGGAGGGGAAGGGUUAAAAGUUGCUAACCGGCAACAAGGCUUUUGCAUAUUGCAUACUAUUAAUAUGCUGUACAUAUUUUUUUAGAAUAAAUGGAAGGGCGUUGUAUGCAUUUAGAAUUUAAUUUAGACUUUAACAUUAGAUUCUUCUGA